CAGGAGUUGUGCUUGUCACCUUCUUCCUUUCAGCGGUUGUAAGAGCACUGAGAAGAUGGUGAAUGUUCUGAAAGGGGUUCUGAUUGAAUGUGACCCAGCAAUGAAGCAGUUUCUGCUUUACUUGGAUGAGUCAAAUGCAUUGGGAAAGAAGUUCAUCAUACAAGACCUGGAUGAAACUCAUGUCUUUGUAUUAGCUGAGUUGGUUAACUUCCUUCAGGAGAGAGUGGGCGAGUUAAUGGACCAGAACUCUUUUCCUAUUACUCAGAAGUAAAAAAGACUAGAGAAAUGAGAUUACUGCGAGUUUUGGAAGAGUGAAUUUCAAUAGCUUGGGUUGUUACUGUUUUAAUAGAUACACUGUGGUUAGUCAGUUCUACAUGGCUACUCUAGAAAAUGGAUCAUUUUCAUAGACAGAAUACUCUUGAAUUGGAUUUUAUUUCUUAUUUUGAAAGAUUAUUGUACCCUUAUUAAAAUCCUUAGAAUGA